GCAAAGCCCAAGUGCUGUCUCUGGCUCACAAACACCGCCUCAGGCUUUUUAAAACUUGGUUCAGAGCCUGGGAUCUCUCACCCAGAUUUGUAAGUCGAGAUUGAAUCUUUCCAGGGCGAUUCUUCUAAGUAAAAGUUUGAUAAACAACGAUCGAUGUGAAGCAGUAAGAGCUGUUCUCUUGCGUUUGAGAGCUGGGGAUUGAAAGCGAAGUCCCGUGCUUGAUUUAAGGUGAGCUGGGAUGAUUCCGUGACCAGCACUACGUCCUCGGCAGCGAGGUGAUGACAGUCUGUCCCCAGGCUCCGGGAAGGAGUAGCUGAUUGCCAGAGGGAGUAUUUGCGAGUCUGUUCUCUCCCUGCAUGGUCAGGAUUCGUGGCUGGGAAAGCAAGCAGCUUUCCUCUUGCGCUCCUCUGAGGCAUCAGGCAACAGCCGUGGCAGAAUGAGAGCGACGCCGGGCUUUCUGGUGGAGAAAUCCCUAAGUGCGAGCGAAGACAAAUUGGCGUUGUGGCGUGGUUGCCGGUGUUGCUGCGGCGGGGAGAAACUCCUUGGCUGGUUUGUUCCAGGCUGCUCGGGAAGCGGAGGGAAUGUUUCGGAUACCGAACCCUUCACAGAGACGCUCGUGAUGACUGCAAGUUUAUGGAGACUCGCUACUAAAUUUAGCUCUUAUCAGGAGGAAAACCAGGCUUGUCCUUUUCCAGAUCUGGAAGAGAACCUAACUGCUCUCUUUGCUUUGAAAUCAAGUCGCGGGUCCAGCAUCUUUCCAGGCUGGCCAAGGAAUGGGGUGAAUGUCGAAGGAGCGACGCACAAGCAAGUGGUGGACCUGAUUCGCGCCGGAGAGAAGGAGUUAAUUCUGACCGUGCUGUCCGUGCCUCCCCACGAGGCAGAUAAUCUUGAUCCCGGUGACGACUCUUUGGGGCAGUCGUUCUACGACUACACAGAAAAACAGGCUGUGCCCAUCUCCAUCCCCACGUACAAGCACGUGGAGCAAAACGGCGAGAAGUUUGUGGUCUACAACGUUUACAUGGCGGGCCGCCAGCUCUGCUCGAAGCGGUACCGGGAGUUUGCCAUCCUGCACCAGAACCUGAAACGGGAAUUUGCCAACUUCACUUUUCCACGGCUCCCGGGGAAGUGGCCGUUCUCUUUGUCGGAGCAGCAGCUGGAUGCCCGGCGGCGAGGGCUGGAGGAGUACCUGGAGAAAGUGUGCUCGAUACGCGUCAUUGGGGAGAGCGACAUCAUGCAGGAGUUCCUGUCGGAGUCGGACGAGAAUUACAACGGCGUCUCGGACGUGGAGCUCCGCGUCGCGUUGCCAGAUAUAACAACAGUGACCGUCAGAGUCAAAAAGAACAGCACUACAGACCAGGUGUACCAGGCUGUGGCUGCGAAAGUCGGAAUGGACAGUAUUACCGCCAACUACUUCGCCUUGUUUGAAGUGAUCAAUCACUCCUUUGUGCGUAAACUGGCGCCCAACGAAUUCCCCCACAAACUCUACGUGCAGAACUACACCUCGGCGGUGCCGGGAACAUGCCUGACCGUCCGGAAAUGGCUCUUCACUACAGAGGAGGAGGUUCUUCUCAAUGACAAUGACCUGGCCGUCACUUACUUCUUCCAUCAGGCUGUUGAUGAUGUCAAGAAAGGCUACAUCAAAGCAGAGGAGAAGUCCUACCAGUUACAGAAGCUGUGUGAGCAGAGAAAGAUGGUCAUGUAUUUAAACAUGUUACGGACGUGCGAGGGUUACAACGAGAUCAUCUUCCCCCAUUGCUCCUGUGACUCUCGGCGGAAGGGACAUGUGAUUACAGCCAUCAGCAUUAAGCACUUUAAACUCCACGCCUGCACAGAGGAGGGCCAGCUGGAGAACCAGGUAAUAGCGUUCGAAUGGGACGAAAUGCAGCGGUGGGACACGGAUGAAGAGGGAAUGGCGUUUUGUUUUGAGUAUGCACGAGGAGAGAAGAAACCCCGAUGGGUUAAAAUCUUCACCCCCUACUUCAACUACAUGCACGAGUGCUUCGAACGGGUUUUCUGCGAGCUCAAGUGGAGGAAGGAGGUGGAGGAGGAAGCAACAGACAAGGAUAACGAGAACUACAGUAAAGACAAUAUGUGCAGCAAGAAUAUCUUUCAGAUGGGCAGGUCACAGCAGAGGGACGCGGCCACUUAGCCCCUCGUCGCAGAAGAACGUAACCCCCCCUCCUCCCCCGAUUAACACUUAAAAUUCUGUUAUUGUAUUAAAGCCCUUAAACUAAAUAUUAUUAAUAA